CCUUUCCCAUCUCUGUCCAGAAAAGUCUUGCAAUUCCCCUCCAGGUGCCCUAACCAAAAUCACCAGCCACAACCCAUUCGCCAAAAUUCCCCAAUCAUGGAAGACAGUAUAUUGUCAUCAAUCGGCCUGGAAAUCAUCGGCGUGAUGUCCCCAGUCUCCGUCUGCAUGCUCCUAGUCGUCCUCCUCGUCUACUCUCUCUCCUCCCCCUCUUCCUCCUCUCCCAUUCGCUCCGCCGCAACCCUCGUUUACCUUGAAUCGCCCACCGACUCAGCCUCCCAAAAGCUUGAAGGCGCACUCCUCAACGCCUUGGUCUUUAUCAUCCUCAUCGCCAUCGUCACGUUUCUCUUGGUCGUCCUCUACUACUACAAUUUCACAAACUUCCUAAAGAACUACAUGCGCUUCUCCGCCUUCUUCGUCCUCGCCACCAUGGGUGGCUCCAUUUUUCUGUCAAUUAUCCAGCAUUUCUCCAUACCCAUCGACUCCAUCACCUGUUUUGUGCUGCUUUUCAACUUUACCAUUGUGGGUGUGCUCUCAGUUUUCUCCGAUGGGAUUCCGAUUCUCUUAAGGCAAGUUUAUAUGGUGCUUUUGGGGAUAAUUGUGGCUGCUUGGUUUACUAAGUUGCCCGAAUGGACCACUUGGGUCUUGUUGGUGGCAUUGGCUGUGUAUGAUCUGGUGGCGGUUUUGGCACCAGGGGGGCCUUUAAAGAUUUUGGUUGAACUGGCCUCCAGCAGGGAUGAGGAGCUUCCGGCUUUGGUCUAUGAGGCCAGGCCAACUGUUCCGGGGAAUCGGGGGUCUAGCUUAGGGCUUUUGGUUGCUGGGGUAUCGGAUUCUAGUGAGGGGUCAGUUGAACUGCAGGUUGUCUCACAAAACAAUGAGAGUCAAAAUCCGAGUCAUUCAUCUGAGUAUACCUCGGUUGAGAUUCAAAAUGAUGAGCUUGAGAUUGCUAUAGAUGAAGGGGAAACAUCUCCUUUGGUGCCUAAUUUGUGGGAGAGGGACUCAUCGAGUGGGGAGUCUUCUUUUGAGGUCCACUUGACUGAGCAUUCGGCUUCCAAUGAUAGAUAUAGGCGGUCUGAGAUAGUUGUUGAUGAGGAAAUGUCUCCACUUGUUGAGUUGAUGGGUAUAGGGAAUGGAGAGAGAGAUCAGACUAGGAGGGAGGGUUCGGAUAGCUCUGUGCCAACAAGCCGGGGUAUAAAACUUGGUCUGGGAGACUUUGUUUUUUACAGUGUGCUAGUGGGCAGAGCUGCGAUGUAUGAUCUGAUGACUGUGUAUGCUUGUUACCUUGCGAUUAUAUCGGGACUUGGGUGCACUCUUAUUUUGUUGGCUGUUUGCCGUCAUGCUUUACCAGCUCUCCCCAUUUCUAUUGCACUUGGAAUUAUGUUUUAUUUCUUGACGCGGUUAUUAAUGGAACCUUUUGUGGUUGGGACAGCCACAAAUUUGAUGAUGUUCUGACUCUUUUCUUUCUUCAUGGAGGACAUGGAUAUUCAUAUGGGAACAGAUAUUUGCUGCAUGACGAAUCUCCUUUGAGCUCUUGUAACUGUCUCAUGAUUGAAGUUUUGGAUUGGAUUAUUCUGCCAGUCAAGACCAUCUGGUAUUGUGUUGAAACUGUAAAUUGACAGGCUUUUCAGGCUGAUCUACCUUCAAUAUUAAAGCUAAUUCUGUCAUUUUAAAGUGAUUCAGCUGUAUUUUCAUUGAAAUUUAAUCUCAAUGUGUG